ACCUUCCACGCCCCAUUAGCCGCGAUUGGGCCGGCACGAUUCGCGUCACGUGACACGCGAGCUCACGUGGCUACCCUGCCAGCCUCUAGCCCCUCUCUCCUCUUCCCUCCUCCCUUUCCUUUUGCCCAGUCUCCCCUUUAGAAUUAGCCGCGUUCCUUCUGCUGUCCCAGCCGCCGGAAAGUAGAGCGGGGGCGCUGCGGCAUUUUUACGACACCGUCGGCGGGUAGAUACCCUGUCCCUUUUCCUCCCCGGGAGCUACGGCCGAAGCGCAAUGUUCGGGGUUGGCGAUGAGGAUGAUGCCGACUUCCUCUCCCCUAGUGGCGGUGCUAAAUUGGCCUCUCUCUUCGGACUGGACCAGGUGGUUGUGGGCCAUGGAAAUGAAUUCUUCCAAUACACAGCUCCAAAGCAGCCUAAGAAAGGCCAGACCAUAACAGCAGCUGCAAAUCAGCCAGCACAUAAAAUUCCUUCCACUCCAGCCCCUGUCGGAGCCUCCACAGUCCUGGCUGCCACAGCGGUCCACGCUUACCGAUUCACAAAUGGUCAGUAUGUGAAGCAGGGAAAAUUUGGUGCUGCAGUCCUGGGGAACCAUGCUGCCAAAGAGUACAGGAUUCUCAUUUACAUAAGUCAACAACAGCCAAUCACCUCUGCCAGGAUUCAUGCAAAUUUUGAACUGACGGUACAGCCCAACAACUAUAGCACCUUUUAUGAUGACCAGAGACAAAAUUGGUCCAUGAUGUUUGAAUCAGAAAAGGCUGCAGUGGAUUUCAAUAAACAGAUAUGCAUUGCCAAAUGUAACAGCGUAUCCUCCUUGGAAGUUGUAAUGAUCCAGGAUCUUACUAUAGGAGAAGGUCCAGGUGUUGAAGUUGGUGAUUCUUUGGAAGUGGCCUAUACAGGCUGGCUCUUCCAGAAUCAUGGACUAGGCCAGGUAUUUGACUCUUCUGUUAACAAGGAUAAACUGCUUCGAUUAAAGCUGGGAUCAGGAAAAGUCAUUAAGGGUUGGGAGGAUGGAAUGCUCAGAAUGAGGAAAGGAGGGAAAAGGCUUCUCAUUAUUCCUCCAUCAUGUGCUUAUGGCUCUGAAGGUAUAAGUGGACAUAUCCCAUCAGACUCGACCCUGGUAUUUGAGGUGGAAGUCAGAAGGGUGAAAUUUGCCAAAGAUUCUGGCUCUGAUGGGCACAGCAUUAAUUCCCAUGAUUCUGCAACUCCUUCUCCAACACCUGGUGCUGAUAACUUUAGUGCUGAACCAGUAUUACUGCCACCCACUGCAGUGCCUUUUAAACCUGGAGAGCCAGCCGUUAGAUCCAAGUCGAACUCCAUCAGUGAGCAACUCGCAAAUCCUGAUGUGACCAAAGCUAAGCUGAUCUCCAGGAUGGCUAAAAUGGGACAGCCCAUGCUACCCAUUGUUCCUCCCCAUCUAGACUCCAGUGAUCCCGAGAUUGAGGAUCUGAAUGCCCUACGAGGGACAGGUCAGCACAUGAUGACUGCAUCCAUCCAUCCCUCUCCUGAGCCAGCCCACGCACCACCUCGGCCAAGGAUGUCACCAACACCUCAGCAAUCAAUGCCUGGGAUCCAAGCGCCCUCUGCUGCCUUAAUGCCAGUUGCAACUAUCCAGUCCCACUCAAAUCUGCCUGGAAAUACUCAGUCCUUUCAGCCCUAUGCAGGUCUGCAGGCCUGUGCCUAUCACCAGAAUGCUACCCCAGUCACUUCCCAACUACAACCUGUGGGACCCAUGUAUCCAGGACCACUUUCUCAGGCUCCACAUUUUCAAGGCUCAGCUGAUAUUGCUUCAUUUUUCAUGACUGAAGCUCGGCAGCACAAUACCGAAAUCCGAAUGGCAGUGAGCAAGGUGGCUGAUAAAAUGGACCAUCUUGCUGCCAAGGUGGAAGAAUUGCAGAAGCACAGUACUAGCAACUCUUUGCUCCUUCCUAGCUUAUCAGUUAGCAUGGAAACAAGUAUGAUUAUGAGCAAUAUUCAAAGGAUCCUUCAGGAAAAUGAAAAAUUGAAGCAGGAGGUCCUUGAGAAGAAAAAUCGGAUAGAAGAACAAAAUGACAAGAUUACUGAUCUGAUUGAACGCAGUCAGAGGUAUGUGGAGCAGAGUAACCUGCUGAUGGAGAAGAGGAAUAGCACCCUUCAAAUAGCCACUGAAAACACGCAGGCAAGAGUAUUGCAUGCUGAACAGGAGAAGCGCCUGAUGUCAGCAGCAGGAUUCGUUGAGGGGUGGGACCAAGGGCAGCCACCUGGACAUGGUGCUAAGGUCACAGAAGAAUUGGCAUCAGUGACUGCCCAGGUCUCCAAUCUGCAGCUGAAACUGACCGCUCAGCAGAAGAAGGAAACAGACCUUCAGAUGCAGCUGACAGAACACCUGAAGGAUGCAGAUCUCCGGGAGGCUCAGAUCAGCAAAUUGCAGGCACAGAUCACAGAACUCCAAGAAACAUCAGAGCAAGCUCAGUCCAAAUUUAAACUUGAAAAGCAAAGCCGCAAGCAAUUGGAACUGAAGUUGGCAACAUUAGAGGAGGAACUGACUGACCUUCAGGCUGAGAAAGAAUCUCUGGAAAAGACCCUCUCAGAGAGGAAAAAGAAGUCUGCCCAAGAGCGGAGCCAGGCUGAGGAAGAGAUUGGUGAAAUUCGCAAAUCACACCAGGAAGAAUUAGAAAAACUUCGACAGCUCCUGAAACAGGCUCAAGUAUCUACAGAUCAAACAGCUGCUGAACAGGUGUCUCUAAUGCAAGCUGAGCUGAAAUCCCAGUGGGAAGCCAAGUGUGAGCGCUUGUUGGCUUCUGCCAAGAAUGAACAUCUCCAACAGUACCAAGAAGUGUGUGAACAGAGAAAUGCUACUCAGCAGAAACUCACUCACCUGGAAGAAAAGCUCUCUGCGCUGGAGCAGUCUCAAGGUGUAGAGGAGAAGAAGCUUUCUGAAUAUCAAGAGCUGGCAGAACAGAUGCAAAAGAAGUGUGUAGCCCUCCAAUCCAAAAUUGAUACCCUAACAGUCCACUAUGAGCAGCGGAUUCAGGAGCUAGAGAAACAGAAAACACAAGAAAUGGAAUGUGGAUCGGAAGCACCAGACACUUCAGAGAAGGUAAAGAAGAUCAUGAACCGAGUGUUCCAGUCCCUAAGGGGAGAAUUUGAGUUGGAAGAAUCCUACGAUGGUAGGACCAUUCUGAGCACUGUCAUGAAUACAAUCAAGCUGGAGACGCUUCUUCUGUUGGUUCCCCAGGAGCCAGAACAGGACAGCAGCAGUGAGGAGGAAGAAGAGCAGCCCCAGAAGCCAUCUCAGGAGCCCUCAGCCCCAACCGUUCCAACUCCAGCUCUUAGAACUCUGGAUCAGGAGGAGUUUAAGCGCACAGCUAAACCAAUGGAGCCAGAAGACAAGCCAGAGAGUCCGCUGACUAAAGCCUUUGAGACACAGAAUGGGAUGGAAAAAAGAAAGGAAAGGUACCUCGGGGAUGGGAUUUCAGAGGCAGAGAAAAGUCUGGAAGUGCCUGAUGAAACUCUCCCACAAGGGUCAGCUGGAGUCACAGGCCACGGUAUUCCAGGGCCCCCAACUUCAAUUCCACCCAUGCCACCAGUUCUGGAAGGUGCCGGAGUCUGGGAACCUGAGGAUGAAGAAGCAUAUGUAGAUAAUCAGAUGAAACAUCAUAAAAGCAGCAUGUCAGAAGAGAUUUGUGUUGGGUUCGCGGAGCCAGGUACUCAGAGACAGGAGAGUGAACAAACUUGGAAGCCAAGAACCUGUCAGGCUGUAAGCCACAAGGAAGAGGACCCACUGUCAGUGGAGCUUGGACAUUCAAGGGGAGACCUUGAACCUCCCCUGAAACAUGAAGAGAAGGAUCGCCCCGAUGUCAUGACCAGAACCACCAAGGAGCAGUUAGACACAGAUGUAAAUAUUGCAGAGCCAGCAGCUGCCCCCAAACCUAGCCAUGGGCACCAGAACAUCAGUUUCACAGAUGGUGAUGAAGAUGGCUUAUUUAAAGGGGCAACGUUGAAAGCAUCAAAGCCAGUUCCAGUGCCUGAGGAUGAGGAUGAAGAUGAAGUGAGCAUGAAGGGACGCCCACCCCCAGCACCCCUUUUCGGGGAUGAUGACGAUGAUGAUGACCUUGAUUGGCUGGGAUGAAGACUUGGAAGACAGUACAGAGGUCUUUCAGCCUGCGCUACUCUGCCUUUCUCUUUCUGAGCACUUUUUUGCACAGCUGGCCCUGGUUCUGGGUGGGCAACGGGGUAAGGUCCAGAAUUUCUUAGCCCUCUCUGGGGCUGAAGUUUCUGGCCCGUCCCAGUAAGCAUUGGGACAGCAUCAUUCCAUCUAGGGGCAUGCCCCUGGUGUCUGGUGCUGCUGGUGUGGAAAACAGCCUUUGGCAUUUUCCAGUCCACACACAUCUUUGCUCUGAUCUCCAGCAGCUCCUUUGGGAUAGUCCUGUGACAACUUCUUCAACUAGGAGAUGCUAAUAUAGCUCCUAGUUCUUUUUCUUUUUCCCUGAGCAGAGACCCUACAGAGUAUCUACUGAAAACCAGAUUCUGAGCUCUGUAACAGAAAAGCAUUUCCCAGUGACAACCCUCUGCCCCACAACCCUCUGCACUGAUCAUUUGCUGUUGAAAAGGAGCAUGGUUUUGCCCUUGGAAUUGUCUCACCAAAAGUGCUGCUGCUGCCACCCAUUGGGAUCAUUGGACUCUGGCCUCCUGCUGUCACACAGCUUUAGUGAGUUUGUCCUCUCUGUGAGGCCAGAGCCUCUGUGGGCAGGCACUGUGUAUAGCAGUGCCUGGUGGUGUGCAGGAGGGCCAACAGGGAAGAGAAGAGUUGGAACCUCAAAAGAAUUGCUUUUCCUGUGUGGGAGGACCUUUGAUUGCCUCUCUUUCCCAGCCCUAAAACCAGCCAUUGUCAGUCAGCUUGUCCCUGUCCUUGCUUUGUUAACAUGCUCUGUUAAACUCACUGCUGUGUUACUAAGCCUCCUCCUUGCUAAUUCUAAAAUGGAGCCAAAUAGGAUCUUGGCCUAUUUGAUCCAGUGAGCCUCACCAUACUAAUCUGUGACCUUGAGACCUCCUACUGACAACACGUAGGUAAUUGCCCCAUAGUGAUCCCCCCUACCCCCAGGAAAAUCCUCUAUCCAGUGCAAUGGACUUCAUCUAGAAGUUCAGUCCUAGGUUCUCAAAUAUGUCUUUUUCUCUGCCUUAAGUCUGAUAUCUUCUAUUAAUGAAUAUUCAAGAUUAACAAACAUAAAAUAAAAGUCAGCAAUGGAACUCAAUCUUUAAAUGCUCUGGGAUGAAAUCAAUUUUGGUUCUAAAAGUUUUACCUGAGAAGUAUGCACUGUUUUCUGAAGGAAUUAAGUGCUGGGAGUUAGAAGUGGUCAGGAACCAAUUCUUACAUUCUUUGCAAAUCAGUUAAUUUUAAACUGGUUAUGUUUGUUUUUCUUUUUUCCUUUGGGAUUUCCAUGAGGUUACUCAGUUUUGUAUUUUUAGGACAACUCACAUCCCAGUAUAUUGUUCCUGGUUCUCUCUUGGGAUUCAGAGAAAAGGGAGAAUUUCCAUUUCUCCUGAGUCUGUGGGCCUUACUGUGCAGUGCCUUGCAUAUUGUAGGAAAUUAAUAAAUGCUUGACUGUUGAUUGAAUAAAUGAAGCCAAGAGCAUCUUGGCAUCUGGGGCUCCUGACCUGAUAUGUGCAAAAAUAUGUUAAGUGCUCAUUGCCUGUUGCAAAAAGUAAAUGAUGGAAUCAUAUUUCACUGAAUUUUAGCCCAUAGGCCAUCUACCAUAACCUUCCUUCUCCAGUGCAAACUUAUUCCAGUGAGCCCUACAGUGACUGCAGAAGGGAAGGUAUAGCUAGAGGGUCCCAGUAGCUCCCUGCUUGGUUGUUGCAUCUCCUGGACCAGCUUGAGUUCAGCUUGAGCUUCAAGUGGUCUGGACAGAGCCAGAAGCUAGAGGUGACAAUAGAUAGACAACUUGUUUCUAGAUUAAGAUAUCUUCCAUGGACCGUGCAAUCAGCAUGGACCCAGUUACAGGGCUUUAAAAAGAAUUUUAAUGAAAAUGAAAACUGAUUUCAGUGCUUCCCCAAAGCUGCUACUGUUCUUGUAACAACUGUGCUUUUUUUUUUUUUUUUUU